GACGUUUACCACAUGAAUUUGUUUCAGUAAUUCAAUAUAAUUAUUUUUCUUCAAAUACUACGUUAAUUGUCGAUAAAUUACAUAAAACUUCAAAUUUUCGUUAUUAUGUAAAAUCAAAAGUUACAGUAUUAAACGAUCUAGUUAAUUAUUUUUAAACAGAGGAGGAGAUUGAGAUAUCGCAAGCCGUGCAUGACAUUUGUCUUGUAGUCGUCAUCAUCCAAAAAUACCGAACGAUUGCUCGAGUAAAGAUCUACUGUGAUCUACUGCCGUGUGAUAGCAAAAGUGAAGCCUUUUAAUUUCAUUUAAUUUCACACGACACAUCGCCGGAAUGGAUAAAGCAAAAUCAUUGAGUGAUACUUGUGAAUUACCACCUCUUCGCAGUUUGAACGAUUUUCUUUUGGAAUCGUCACGUUUUCAAUUACCUAAUUUUAGAGAUUUAGAAAAAUGGGGUAAUAGAGUAGUAAAUAAUCUUGUGUAUUAUCAAACCAAUUAUGUGUAUAUGACCAUUGCUAUUAUACUGAUUGUAGCAUCGGUAAAUCCAAUGAAAAUGAUUAUUGGAUUAUCAGCAAUGACAGCAAUCUGGGGUGCAUGUAUUUAUUUAUUUAGUGAACGAGAAUCUUUAUUAAAACUCAAAAGAUCCUAUCCACAAAUUGGAAUUAUUCUUACUGUUAUUUGUGCAGGUUUUGUUGUAUACACUAUAAAUUCAGUUGUGUUCUUGUUAUUUAGUAUUCUUUUAUCAGUUUGUGUAACUUUUGUACAUGCAUCAUUGAGAUUAAGGAGUUUGAAAAAUAAGGUUGUCAACAAGUUAGAAGGAAUGGGAUUAGAACGUACACCAAUGGGAGCUGUUUUAAAUUAUUUUGAAGACGCGACCGGUAUAGCCUUUCGUAAGCAGACAACUAUCGUCCAAUCACUUCACUAGUAAUUUGCUUUAUGCAAAAAUUUAUAACAACGACUGGUAAUGAAUAUACAUGCAAUUUUACUUAUAAAUUGAUAUCAAAAUUUAUUCGGAACCAUAUAAUUUUGUAUACGUAUAUCUGUUUCACUAAAGAAAUAAAAGUUUUAUAAGGAAGGAAGAAAAACAAUUCUCGAUGAUAAUUUCAGCUAAAAGAUUUUUAUUUACCAUGUCAUUUGAAACUUUCAAUGUUAAAAACUAAGGAAAACAUAAUGAAAUAAAUAACCGAAUGUUGAACAAUAGGAAGUACAGCUUAAACACAGACUUACUGUACAUGAAAAUAUAACAGCAUUUUUUCAUCAUUAUUUUAUCUAAAUACGGCAUUAAUUUGUUUCUUCAAAAUUAAAAAAAAAACUGUUAUAAUAAUCAUAUUAAAUAACCAUAAAUACUAACUGAACACAUAUGACAAUGUAUAUUUAUGUGUAUUGUUUCCUUUUAAGUUAUAAGAAUGUUUUUUUUUAAACUUAUGCUAUAUUUGAUUUCUCGUAUCUUAUCUGCAAUAGCAGAACAAUUAAUUCCAGUGAUUGAAAUAUCGUUUCAUUUAUUGUAAAAAGAAAAAUCACCUAAUAAAAUUACUGUAUCUUUGUUAUAAAUACUGUAUUCGCUGGAGAUAAUAUCGUGUCCGAUAAAUAUGUUUCUGGAGAAAGCAUUCCAAUAUUUGUUUUUGGAAACGGUACCAAGUAAGUGUGAUCGAUCGAUGGAUAUCCCAUUUCGUUCAUUUUGUUUAUAAAAUCCUGAAAAGCAAAUCCAAAGUAGUACAUAAUUUUUAUACUAUAGUUACAAAUAAUAAAGUUAAUAAGCUUACUUCUAUUGUGUUUAUGGCAGACAUCAACACCGUUUCUUUUUUACCAUUCGGUAAUCUUAAACAAAGUCUCACAGCAGAUGCAUUAUCUAUGUAAAGAAUUAGUCUUUAGAACUUAGUUAUAAAAGAAUAUUACAUAAAAUUUAAAUGUAACAUUUUAUUACCAAUUUCUGGUUCGUUUGUAUCACAUUUGGGUUCGCACGGUUGAGCAUCCUAGAACGAUUUAUGCACAUUACUUUAAGUUAUGUAUACGAUAAAUCAUACACACUUUUUAGUAUACCUUUGAAUUGAUUUUUUGAAUUUCUUCGUUUAGAUCGGAUUCAUCUAUUCUUCUCUUUUUAUUUCUAUUCUGAAAAACAUCAAUUGUUGUGCUUGUACUUGAGCUCUGAAUUGUUGCCGCGUCUAUGUUAUUAUCUGUAAAUAUAACAAUCUAUAUAUGUAGGUGUAAUGUAAAAAAAUAUGUACUACAUCGAGCAAAGUAGAGUUUCAAAGGAGAAAUGGCGAUAUAGGAGAGGCAGGAAUUCUGAAAAUCGUAAUUUUCACGAAAUCCUGAAAGCUGGAAACCUGAGAAAAACUAUGGGGGAGAUCGAAAACUCGGUCAUCACCCUUUCCCUUGAGGAAGCCUACUAUGCUAGAUACAUACUGUAAUAUACACAUAUAACAUACCUGUAUCUCUUAAAUUACCAAUCAUAUGUUUAGAAGGUUGAGAAGUACUACUGCUGCAAUCCUGUAUAUGAAUUUAUUAUGUUAAAUAAAUGAAAAAGUGUAACAUGAAAGGUUAAACUAAGAACAAGUAAAGAAAAAUUUUGUACACACCA